AUGACGAAGCGCGGGGUCGCCGGCGCGCUCGCUCGGCGGGCCUGGGACUACCUGCGGAAUGACUUGCGCGAGAUCGUGUGGCCGAGGCCCAUGCCGGACCCGCCCGGGAAGUUUCCGCGGAUCUCGAGCAUGAGCGCGGGAGAGCACCUCGCGUGCUGGUGGGACGGGAUCACGUCGUACGUGGACGGGUGGCGGUGGUACAACGGCGAACCGAAGAGGGAGCGCGAGGCGCGGCUCGAGCGCGAGCGGCGGGAGCGCAUCGCGCGAGGGGAAGCCGAGGCGGCGGCCGACGCGGGCCGGGCCGAGUGGGACCAGGACCUCGACGGCGUCGCGGAGGAGCUGGAGGGGAUGCUCAAGGCCGGCAAGCGCGUGGGGCUGGAGGCAUGGAAGGUGCAGUUCAAGCACUUUUAUAAGACCCGGAUGGCGGCGUACAGGGAAGGGGUGAAGGAAUUCAUCGAGGGAUACAAGGAGGGACGGGCGGAGGCGUUGAAGCCCGUCGAGCUGACCGAGGAGGAGAAGGAGGAGGCCCGGGCGGAGGCUGCGCUAAUCGCCGCGGAGCUUGCGAGGAGGCGGGAGGCCAGGAUGGCCGAGGAGACGAAGCAACGGGCUGUGCAGAGCCCUGAUGACAUCGCCGCGGGGUCCAGGGCGCAGACCGAACGUAGCAGCAUUUAG